AUGAGGGCUCUGGUGCUGCUUCCCGUCCUGGCCUGCCUGAGCGCCGGGGCCCGGGGCCAGGUGUUCAGUCGCUGCGAGCUGGCCCGGCUGCUGAAGAGAGGGGGGCUGGACGGGUUCAUGGGGUACCGUCUGGACAACUGGAUCUGCCUGGCUUUCUACGCCAGCCGCUUCGACACGGGGACGGUGACGGAGAACUCGGACGGCAGCUCCGACUACGGGAUCUUCCAGAUCAACAGCCGCCGGUGGUGCAGCGACCAGCGCAGCCGCACGCUGGACCUGUGCCAGACGCGCUGCCGCGAUUUACUGACUGCCGACCUAGUGGACGACAUCAAUUGUGUCAAGAAAGUCGUGAUGGACUGGCAGGGGAUGGGAGUCUGGAUGCCCUGGCGUGACCAUUGCAAGGGCCGGGACCUGAGUCACUGGGUGGCUUCCUGCAACCUGUGA